AUGGGAGAAUCAAUUCCGGUUAUUAGGGUUCGCAAUAACAACCAUAUUGUUACGUACAUAAAAUCAGAACAUACUCGUGGUGAAUCUGAUUUGGAAUACUAUGAGCGUCGAUAUUACAAAAGGUUGAAGGAUGAUUACUACGAGUUUAAAAUCUCUGAUUCGACAUAUCGUUGUCCGUUUUGUUACAACAAAGAUUACUCGUUGUCCGACCUUUUGAGGCAUGCUUACAGAAUGACAGCAUUUAGAAUCUUCAAUAAUGCCAAUAACAACAAUCAUGCCAAUAAUUUUCAUCUACGCCACAUAGCUACUGAAACCCUAGAUGAUAACCAACCAUCUCUUCCCGAGAAACUUGACGAUCCUGCUUAUAAAUCCAAACCGAAAGAAACCGAAGUAGUUAUUGAACAAGAUGCUUCGGUUGAAGUUGAUGAAUCGAAAGAUGAGAAGGAAGAGAUCGAUGAACAUGAUGAUUCAGAGAAAGAGGAUCAAACGGAUGUGGAGUCUAAAAUGAUAGAAACUACAAUCAAUGAGGAAGGAGUGCUCAAUCUAGAAUUGGAGGGUAGUUUCAACGAGAACAACAAUGGCAUGGAUUGCGACAUCCAAAUAGAGGCGAUGCCAGAAAUUGAUGAAGAAACAAAGGAGAAAGAAUGUCGUGUAACAAAUUUAUCGUCGUCGGUAGCGCAAUAUGAUGCGACCUUAAGGAUAACACAAACAAAGAAACUUAUGAACUUUUAUCGGUGUUCUCAUGUUAUGCAUAUAAGCUCUACCGCCCUUGUGGAGUUAUUAGAUGGAUUAACAAGCUAUUAUCUCAAGUUAGAGGAGAAAAAUCAAGCUUUUAAAGAAGAAAAUAGUCGGUAUGAGGCAAGACUAAAUGAAGAGCAAAAAGUAGCAAUCAAGCAAACGAGAAAGAAUUUGAUAAUUAAAGCAGAACCGAUACUAAGUUUCUACUAUGAUAAACGCAUGAGUCAAUAUCAAGAUGAGAACUCGGGGUCGACCAUGGGAGAAUCAAUUCCGGUUAUUAGGGUUCGCAAUAACAACCAUAUUGUUACGUACAUAAAAUCAGAACAUACUCGUGGUGAAUCUGAUUUGGAAUACUAUGAGCGUCGAUAUUACAAAAGGUUGAAGGAUGAUUACUACGAGUUUAAAAUCUCUGAUUCGACAUAUCGUUGUCCGUUUUGUUACAACAAAGAUUACUCGUUGUCCGACCUUUUGAGGCAUGCUUACAGAAUGACAGCAUUUAGAAUCUUCAAUAAUGCCAAUAACAACAAUCAUGCCAAUAAUUUUCAUCUACGCCACAUAGCUACUGAAACCCUAGAUGAUAACCAACCAUCUCUUCCCGAGAAACUUGACGAUCCUGCUUAUAAAUCCAAAUCGAAAGAAACCGAAGUAGUUAUUGAACAAGAUGCUUCGGUUGAAGUUGAUGAAUCGAAAGAUGAGAAGGAAGAGAUCGAUGAACAUGAUGAUUCAGAGAAAGAGGAUCAAACGGAUGUGGAGUCUAAAAUGAUAGAAACUACAAUCAAUGAGGAAGGAGUGCUCAAUCUAGAAUUGGAGGGUAGUUUCAACGAGAACAACAAUGGCAUGGAUUGCGACAUCCAAAUAGAGGCGAUGCCAGAAAUUGAUGAAGAAACAAAGGAGAAAGAAUGUCGUGUAACAAAUUUAUCGUCGUCGGCAGCGCAAUAUGAUGCGACCUUAAGGAUAACACAAACAAAGAAACUUAUGAACUUUUAUCGGUGUUCUCAUGUUAUGCAUAUAAGCUCUACCGCCCUUGUGGAGUUAUUAGAUGGAUUAACAAGCUAUUAUCUCAAGUUAGAGGAGAAAAAUCAAGCUUUUAAAGAAGAAAAUAGUCGGUAA